AUGUCAAAAUCUUACGACGGUUAUAAUGAGCUCGUCACAUACCUAAAACAACGUUAUAAAAAGUCUUUUCUUGGUUUUUUAUGCACCUAUCGAGAUGUUGUUGUUGCAUCGCUAAUGUCGACCUUCACUACUGCUGGGCAAGAUCACGAUGAAAUUUGUACUUCAAGAGUGCGAAGACGGAAAGUAUCAGAGUACGAAAUUAAGAAAGAUCAUAUUCUUUCUGAUCUUUCAGACAUUGAUGAAAAACUAAGAACUGCAAAAGCAGAUCUUACGAAAUUUAUUAGUAAGUUCGCAGACAAUAAUAAAACAAAGAGCUCUGGAGGAGACCCAAUCAGCAAAAAUUCCGACAAAAAUGGUUCAAGUGACAGUGUUAGUGAAAUUUCAUUCGGUGAUAUUUCAAAUUUCGGGGAGAUCAUGGAGGAGACUCAAACUGGAGAUCCAAACGAAGAUGCUUUUCCUUCUGGUGCAAGUCCUCAGAAUACUCAGCGAAAAGGAGGAGGAUGGCACCAACCAAAACCCGCGAAGUUAAUCUUCGCAGUAAAGAAAAGGUCGAUUAUAACUUGGGACCGGCACCGAGAAAAUGCCGAGGAAAAAAGAAU